AUGGAUAUCCAGAGACAGAAUGGCUUUUCUGUUUCACAGCCAGAAUGCUGUAUGGAUGUAUUGGAUGCUAACAGCACCUGCCCAGUCACUAACCAGUGCAGUCCAGGUUGUUACAGAGAGUGGAAUGAGGAUGGGAGUAGCAGUUGCAUUAAAUGCAAGAAUGAAACCACUUCUGUUGCGUCAACUUACAAUCUGACCGAUUGUAGAAAUACUGGUACCAGAGGAAUGAAUUUUCAAAUGAAUAUAAGUACCGUAACCCCCUUUCUACAGAAUAUAGGGGGCCCAGAAGUGGCAGCCUCUCUCAUUUUAGGGACAUUCUUCAUCAGUUUAUUCCUGAUACUGUCUGUGGCUUCAUUCUUCUACCUCAAACGUGCCAAUAAACUUCCAAAUAUGUUCUACAGAAGAAAUAAAGCAUCAGUUCUGCAGCCCAGUGAAACAGCAUCAAUGAUACCUCCACCUACUUCUUCAGUUCGAAAGCCACGCUACGUCAGACGAGAGCGAUCGUUAGUGAUGUCUGCAUCCUCCGCUAUGAUCCCUUCUGCAGAAACCAGGGUCAGCAAUGUUUAG